CCCCUCCGCCCGGAACCCGCUCGGUGGCUGCCGGAGGUGUAAGACCCGCGUUCUCCGUCCUCCAUGGCCGCCGCGCUACUCGCCCGGGCCAGUGGCCCGCUCCGCGGAGCUCUUUGUCCUCGGGACUGGCGGAGGUUACACACGAUUUACCAGUCGGUGGAGCUGCCUGAGACACACCAGAUGCUGCGUCAGACAUGCCGUGACUUUGCUGAGAAGGAGCUGGUUCCCAUUGCAGCCCAGCUGGACAAGGAGCAUCUCUUCCCCAAAGCUCAGGUGAAGAAGAUGGGCGAGCUGGGGCUGCUGGCCAUGGACGUCCCGGAGGAGCUCAGCGGUGCGGGUCUCGACUACCUGGCCUACUCUAUCGCCAUGGAGGAGAUCAGCCGAGGCUGCGCCUCCACUGGCGUCAUCAUGAGUGUCAACAACUCUCUGUACUUGGGGCCCAUCCUGAAGUUCGGAUCCCCGGAACAGAAGCGGAAGUGGAUCCCCCCUUUCACCACUGGUGACAAAAUCGGCUGCUUUGCCCUCAGUGAACCAGGAAAUGGCAGCGAUGCGGGAGCAGCUUCCACGACGGCCCGGGAGGAGGGUGACUCGUGGGUCUUGAACGGCACCAAAGCUUGGAUCACCAACUCCUGGGAGGCCUCGGCCACGGUGGUCUUCGCCAGCACGGACAAGGCCCUGCAGAACAAGGGCAUCAGUGCGUUCCUGGUUCCCAUGCCCACGCCUGGGCUCACGCUGGGGAAGAAGGAGGACAAGCUAGGCAUUCGGGCCUCGUCCACAGCCAACCUCAUCUUUGAGGACUGCCGCGUCCCCAAGGAGAACCUGCUGGGGGAGCCCGGCAUGGGCUUCAAGAUAGCCAUGCAAACCCUGGACAUGGGCCGCAUUGGCAUCGCCUCCCAGGCCUUGGGCAUCGCCCAGGCCGCCCUUGAUUGCGCCGUGACCUACGCUGAGAACCGCAAGGCCUUCGGGGCGCCCAUCACGAAGCUCCAAGGCAUCCAGUUCAAGCUGGCAGACAUGGCGCUGGCCCUGGAGAGCGCGCGGCUGCUGACCUGGCGCGCCGCCAUGUUGAAGGAUAACAAGAAGCCUUUCAUCAAGGAGGCGGCCAUGGCCAAGCUGGCUGCAUCCGAGGCUGCGACUGCCAUCAGCCACCAGGCCAUCCAGAUCCUGGGCGGCAUGGGGUACGUGACCGAGAUGCCGGCCGAGCGGCACUACCGCGACGCCCGCAUCACCGAGAUCUACGAGGGCACCAGUGAGAUCCAGAGGCUGGUGAUCGCCGGCCACCUGCUCCGGAGCUACCGGAGCUGAGCCCGCGCGGACCCGCGCCCUGCGCACCGCACCGCGCCGCGGGCAAGGGCGCACCGCCAGGCCUUGACCCUGACUUGCGCCUGGCCCGCGGGCGGAGCAGAGCCCUGCCUCCCCAGGCCGGCCGCCCUGCCCUCACCGCCCAGGAAGCCCAGGGAGUCAGCCCUGGAGGGGAGGGGCUCCCCAGCCGGGCUCUGCUACCUCUUCAGGAGUCACCAGCCGUGCCUCAUUUCCUCCAAGUGCCCAAGGCCUGGAGGCAGGAGGGCUGUGGGGGGCCAAGGACUCCCUAGUGCUGUGCUCCCGGGCCUGCUGCUGGAGUGAAGGCCAGGGGGCAGGGGGCUCCCCCGUCAGGAGGAGGGCUGGCGGAAUGACCAGGCCCCUGUGGCAGAAGUUGUCUAGACCCUGGGGUCCCCUUCUGGGGAAGGCUGAGGGCUGGGUAAGGGGUGUCUGUAAAAGGUCAGUGGAGGGUAGGUGUGUGGCCUCUGGUCACGUGUGAACUGACUAGCCAAUAAAGCACAGCUGUGCCUCGACCCCAA